GUUCUAGAAGAGCGGUUGUAUGUUGGACAUCUCUGACUUAUAUAGCGCUGUAGAGCGAGUGUUUGGCAAUCCAACAGAAGCUUCUACGGAAGAUCUUUCCAAAGCAUGUCGAUUCUGUGCUACUGAUAAUCAAUCGAUCGAGGCGGUGGAACGAGUGCAGGAUCUCAAAUCAUCGUUGUUGGGUUUACUCAAUGUGUCGCUAGAAGGGCGAAGUGAUGACGACGAUGGCAUCGUAGAUGUACGACGGGCACGUCUAGCACUUCGCACUCUCGUCAACGCUGCGAAUCACAGCAAAAAAUUCGCAGAAGGAGUCACUUCAGAUUGCCUACCUUUAUUCCGAGCUCUGUUGCGAGUUUCUGAACUUCGCACAGAGACUUUCGCCGCUCUUGUUGCGCUCAGUAGAUCUAUGAGGAUUGCUUGUGGGCUUGAUGAUUCAUAUCCGAAAUUACUUGGCGAGGUGUUCUUAUUGUGGGAGUCUCAAGAAGUAAGCGAUUCUGAUAGAUCUUGGUUAUCGGCUUUGAUAUCGAUUCAUUUGGAAGAGGACUUUGGUUUUCUCUCCAGCUGUUUUGCUGAUGUUUCAAGCGAUGAAUUUACUGCUCUUCUUCACGUCACCGAGGUGCUGAUGGACUCUAGCCAUGAUGGAACUGCGUCAAAGGUACAUCCAAAUAAUAUCUUAUUUUGCGUCCAUUUGCUGGAACGAGCCUUAUAUGACUUUGGUGAGGAGUUAUCAUCCGAGCGGAAGUCGGCAUAUGUCGAACAAAUUGCUUAUAGUAUAGAAAUCUUAGCCUCUGCUGCCUUGAAAGAAGAUGAUUAUGGUGCCCAAGUGCUGGAUCGGCCGACUGCCAUAGAGAAUAUUGUGGAUAUUCUAGAAUGCGUGCUCGAUGCUCAGUGGAUAGACGAGAAUGAAGAGCGAACGCAUCAAAAACAACCUGUCCAUCCCGAUAGACCACAGAAACAAGUGGAAGUCCGGUGUAGCCGGGUACAGGACUCUCCACGGUUGGCCGCUCUCUCAACUGCAGUGCAUGAGUCACCGAUGGAACUGAGGGCUACUCUAAAGUGUGCCGCUGUGCGAGCUAUCGGCAACCUUUGUUGUGAAAGGCAGUCACUUCGGUUAGCAGCAGGUGCCCGAGGGGCAGUUUUAGCGGUACUUCGAUGUGCAAGGCUUACAGAUAAUGACAAGCCCUUCAUUGUACAAUGGUCUGUAGCAGCACUGCGUUUUCUCUGCCUUGGUUGUCCGGAAAAUCAGAAAAUCCUUUUUGAAAUGGAUCAGAAGCCUUCGGGAGUAAUUGAUCGUCAGAAGCUUCUCAAGGAGCUGGGCAUCGAUGUGGAAGUUGACCCCACAACAGGCUCCAUUAGACUGAUUUCUCAGUCCAAAAAUAUAGGUGACCGAAAAAUUGUUUUCAUGGAAUUUUCUGAAAUUGAACGCGCAGUCUAUGGUGGGAAUGUGGAAGAAGAUCCAGAGUUGCUUGCAGAAUUACUAGCAUUACAACGAGAAGAGGAAGAAAAGCAAAGGCGUGCUGCUUCUACUGCUCCAGCUGCCAGAGCUGCGCCACCUCCACCGAAGCCUAAAAUUGAUGGUCUUGGGCUUGAUCCAGCUGUACUAGCAGCAGCUCUUGCAGAUGACGUUGAUAUUGAUGUUAGUGAACUGGAGAAUGACCCGGAUCUGUUGGCAGAACUAUCUGGUCUCGUUGGGAGCAGUCCAACUGAGGCGGUUGCUCCAGUUGCACCACCACCUCCUGCUCCAUCUGUCGCUAAAGCUGACAAUUCUAUGUUGACGAGGCUGAAUGGAUUACUUGCUGUUUACCAAAAAAUGCUAGAUGCGAGCGCCAAAGAAGGAAAUUCUGCGAAGCAGAGAAGGCACCAGCGAUGCGUGGACAAAUUGAAAGAGCUAAUUUCCAAAGCGGAACGCGGUCUAGUAAUUGAUGAAGCAGAGAUACCUCCGACUCCUCCAUCAUUCGUUCAGCCUGCUCCUGCCCAGUCUCCUGUCUCAGCCCCUUCGCUGCAACCACCUCCAGUGCCGAAGCGCACUUCUUCUGCAUCGGAUGUUCCUUCAGGAUCAGGAAUACAGCCACCACCACCACCACCAAUACCUAGGCGUGAAUCAUCUUCAUCUGUUCCACCUACACAUACGGCUAGCGCGGAUGAGAAAAAGCAGAAGAUUUUGACUGUGUUGAAGAGGCGAAGAAAUGAAUAUGUGGCAAAUGGAAAAGCGGCUGUUGCUGCCAUGGACAAACCAGCAGCCAAACAUUAUGUGGAGACGGCUAAACUGUUUGACCAGGCGUUAGCUGCUCUCGAUACUGCCGACCCUGACGAACUUGACAUGUCAGAAAUUCCGCCGUCUCCACCUCCAUAUAGAAAGGAGGCUUCUGUAUCUGCUGUAUCUGCUGCUGUGACACAACCCAAACCAACAUCAUUUUUGGGCGCACUGCAAAGUCGUAUGCAACGUUUCCAAGAACUUGCACAGAGAGCAAAACAGGAGGGAAACGAUAGGAGGGCUAGGAUGAAUAUGAGAAUGGUUGAACAGUAUGCAGCGGCAAUUCGUGAUGCUAAAGCUGGACGACCAGUCGCUGUGGCUGAACUUCCAUCUACGCCUGACAUGCCACCACUGCCACCUCAAAGACCCGCAAUGGCUCCAUCAGGACCUGCUCCCGGAAUACGUCCUCCACCAGCUGUUGGGCCGUUGGCACCGACCGGCCAGCCAGGAAAAUCGAGGAAUUCUACUCAGCUGGAGUUUCUCAUACAACGGCAGAGCGAGUUCAGACAUGCUGCGAUGCAAGCAAAAGCUAAGGGCAACAUGGAGUUGGCAAAGAAGUAUCUACUGGAAUCAAAGGGGUUUGACAAAAUGAUUGCUGCUGCCAGAGCAGGUCUGCCAGUUUCAAUCAGAUCUACCCCAAUUCCUCCACAAGAAACGACGUCACAAACAACUCUUCAGCCAAGAAUUGUGUCAGCAGGAUCAAGCAGCACGACUGGGAUCGAAGGACGAGGAGAAGCCCUUGCCUUAAUGGAGAAGGCCUUAAUCGAGCAAGUACAAUUGGCUGAAAAUAGCCGCAUGCGUUUCACGAGGCUAGGAGAUGUCGGAAAGGUCAAACUAUUCGAAGAUUGGGCUAGAUCAGCAAAACAAGACCUGUUACUUGUUCGUGAAGUAGCAAAGCAAGGACUGAGGCUGCCACAAUUCCAUUAUGAAAUGCGUCACAUUCCGUCUGCCGAUCUCUUUCCUGACCUCGCUGAAGAUGUCUUGGAGUUGUCAAUUAUACGUUGUCGAGAUGUUCCUCUUCCAUCGGGAUAUGAGCCUUCUGACGCGGAUCUUUUUGUAAAAUUUACAUUCCCUUAUCCAUCUGAAGCGGUACAAAGUGGAAAGACAAAGCACGUUUAUGGAACACAAAAUCCCGAGUUUGAUGAAAUGGCUAUGUUGCAAAUUGGUUCAAAAAAGGCAAGAGGUCAUAAACUCCAUCGACUGUUGAAAAGAGCUCCUCUAAAAUUCGAGGUUUAUCAGAAAGGAGGUUUUCUGAGAAGCGAUAAGCUGCUCGGAACCUGCGACUGGAAACUCGAACAACUAGAAUCAAGUGCUCUACUGGAAGAAUCACUACCACUGAAGGAAGGCCGCAGAGCCGUAGGAGGGCUUCUCACAGUGAAAAUUCGAGUUCGUGAACCAUUGGGUGACCCUAAACUUUCCACCACACAACAUCGAUGGCUUGUAUUGGACAACUGAGCAGCUCAUGACUUCUUUGUCUUGUAAAUUUAGAACCUCUCGAGUGACUUUCUCAUUUGUAAAUUCUAUUCUCACCUCUGUGAUGGUACUCGUCAACGGUGAUUUCUUUCGACAUUCUUAAGACGUAAUGCAAUACAACUGUGUCCCUUUACUUGUGUAUAGAAAUAAAUUCUUUUGUAAC